AUGGCCGACUUUAUUUGAUCGAAAACAAUCGCGAAGUGCGGACGCAAAGUCGAGUGCGAUCCUCCACGGGCAAGACCUGACAGUAGAGAAAAACCACCCAAGUAGAGAGAACAGCCCGCACUAGAGCACCAAUCCCGUUCACGGUCUCGAAUCGUCAACUCGUCCAGCGCUCGAGUGCUCAAAGUGUCGUUUCACUGGUUAUCGAUUGUGGUCGCGGUAUCACUGAAUUGUCGAACUUGAUCGAGUGAUCGCGAGUGUGAAGUUCACUAGUAAUUCUUCUUGAGUUUAGUGACAGAAAAUAGCACAAAUUUCGGUGAUCACCGGAAAUCGGAUUUAGGCAAACAGUGUGAUCAAGUUUGGUCAUAAAAUUUUGCUAACCGUAGAACCGUACUCACAAGUGCACAGUAAGGAAAUACGCUAUCAGUGCUAUGGAAAACAUCAGAAAUAAGAUGUCAUGAAACAUAAAAAUUGUGGCGGAGUGUUUUUAGUGGCGUAAGAUUUUCCUCGCCUGCCAGGUCAAAAGUCGACCUACAGCGGUUCUGCUAGCUAAAGUCAAAAGUGGCUCGUUCCUGGAAGAGUGCGGUGAUCCGAGAAAGCAAAGUUGUAAAUCCCGCACAUGCUGAUCCUCGUAUGUUAUUAGGAAAAACAAACCCAAGAGAAGUAGUGUGAAGUGAAUUGUACGGCAAUAUAAUAGGGCGAGAAGUCUUAUUUUUUUCCUUUGAGAGUUUGUGCAGCAUAGAGGGGAAGUGUCGGCUGGGAAGGCAUCAAAACUAGAAAUAGUGUCAACGCCGAAGUGUGUGGGAGUAUCAGUUUUGUUUCUUUCGUCUUUUGCUGGUCCUUGUUGAUCUAUGCUUCUGCUUUUGCCUAGAGAAGUGGAAUAUGUAAAGCGAUCCGAUAGAAAAAAUAUGUUGCAUGGGAAUAGGAAAAAUAUCGUGAACGAAACGAGGGAAAAGAUCGAAAAUAACACAGUGCUCGGCUAGCUCGAGCUAGAAAACAUGGAGCACAUGAUCGGGUCGAAUACUUCAUCAGUGAAAUAGUCGAGAGUGUCACAAUCGCAGGAUAAAACAAAACCAUCCGAGCAUAGCCCCAGGUGAAUGCCUGCAGGCCGAACAAGUUUGUGAUAACGCGGCCCCCCUUCUUAUCGGCAAACGAAAUAAAAAAAAUAAGUAAAAGAAAGGGCAAAAAGUGUUGUGGAGAGUUUUUAAAGUUUCGAGAGCUGCCGCGUUUCGACGGGAAAACAGUAUGGUAGUGCCAACGAUGGAUAGCCUGCCACGAGUACCUGACACCCACGGGGACACCGUGGACGAGAAAGUGUUCUCCGACCUGUACAUUAGGACUAGCUGGUUCGAUGCGUCGAUCGCGCUCGAUCAAAUCGAAAAGGGCAAGGCGCGAGGGAGGAGGUCUGCCGUCUACAUGCGAUCCCUGUUCCAGUCCCAUCUCUACAACCUCGGCUGUUCGAUACAGAAGCACGCGGGAAAGGUGUUAUUUGUAGCAAUAUUAGUUCUAAGUACCUUCUGCGUGGGCCUCAAAUCUGCGACGGUGCACUCCAAGGUGCACCAGCUGUGGAUACAGGAGGGCGGUACGUUAGAACACGAACUAGCCUACACGCAGAAAUCCCUCGGUGAAAUGGACUCCUCGACGCAUCAGCUGCUGAUUCAAACGCCCAAGGACAUGGAAGCCUCGAUAUUGCACGCGAACGCGCUAUUAACGCAUUUAGAAGUGGUCAAACAGGCGAUAUCGGUUCGAGUACACAUGUACGACAUCGAAUGGAGCUUAAAGGACAUGUGCUACUCACCCAACAUCCCCAACUUCGACACCCAUUUCAUCGAACAGAUCUUCGAGAACAUCAUUCCAUGCGCGAUCAUCACUCCUCUGGAUUGCUUCUGGGAAGGUAGCAAACUGCUUGGACCGGAAUAUCCCGUUGUUAUACCGCAUCUGGCCAACAAGGUUCAAUGGACCUCGUUAAAUCCGCAGAAUCUUCUCAAGGACAUCAGGGCUCAGAAUUAUCAGUUCCCUUUCGACACACUGGAGCAGUACAUGAAGCGAGCAGGCAUCGGUACCGGAUACACCGAAAAGCCGUGUCUCAACCCGAAGGACAAACAGUGCCCGGAUACAGCUCCGAACAAAAACUCCCAACAGACACCGGAUGUGGCCUCCAGCCUAACCGGGGGUUGCUACGGGUUUGCGGCAAAGUACAUGCACUGGCCCGAAGAAUUGAUCGUAGGAGGUGCCACGCGCAAUCGAUCGCAACACUUGAAAACCGCCAAAGCUUUGCAAACCGUAAUUCAACUCAUGGGCGAACGGGAAAUGUACGACUACUGGAAUAAUCACUACAAAGUGCACCACAUUGGUUGGAAUCCGGAAAAGGCUGCCGAAGUACUGAACGCGUGGCAAAAGAAGUUCUCCGCUGAGGUCAACAAAAUCAUGCAGACGGAAGUCAAACCUCUUUCCUACUACGAAAUGUUUGCCUUCUCCUCGGCCGCCCUGGACGAUAUUCUCGGCAAAUACUCCAACCCAAAUCCAAUCAGUCUCGGAAUCGGACUCGUCAUUAUUUUGAUCUAUGCAGCCAUCACGCUUCUCCGGUGGAAAGAUCCCGUCAACGGACAAAGCGGCGUAGGCGUUGCCGGUGUUUUGCUCAUCGGUGUCACCACGGCUGCCGGAUUGGGAUUCUGUGCCCUGCUCGGAAUCGCGUUCAAUGCCGCAACAACGCAAGUGAUUCCAUUCCUCGCCCUUGGGCUGGGCGUGGAUCACAUCUUCGUACUUACCCAUGCGUACGCAGAACGAGACACUAACGAACAAACCGGACAGGUCCUCAAGAAAGCUGGCCUAAGCAUUCUGUUCAGCGGUGCAUCGACUGCCGGAUCUUUCUUCGCCGCCGCCAUGAUUCCAGUUCCCGCUCUUCGAGUGUUCUGCUUCCAGGGAGCGGUACUCUUGGUUUUCAAUCUUGCUGCCGUGCUUUUGGUAUUUCCCGCUAUGGUUUCCUUAGACCUGCGGCGACGACGAGCUGGACGUGCAGAUAUUCUCUGUUGUUGUCUGCCAGCGCUGCCAACCACAAACCAUGACGUCAAACAGCGCCAGCAACACCAACCCGCCAACGCAGACGACUCACUCAUCGACUGCCCAACGAAGUCAUGUCUAAGCUUCUCCAUCUCCAAGUUCGCUAUCAAACAUUACGCUCCUUUCAUUACCAAGAGUUCUAUCAAAGUCCUCUCCAUGUUACUGCUUACCGGAAUCAUUGGCGUUUCGCUGUUUGCCUCGAUGAAACUACCCGACGGUUUGGAGCUGACUGACCUUGCGCCCCAAAAUACCAACGAGCACAAGUUCCUCAGCGUCCAGGGCAAACUAUUUGGCUUCUACAGCAUGUUCGCCGUCACGCAAGGGGACUUUGAAUAUCCGACCAACCAAAAGCUACUACACGAAUACCACGAAGCGUUCGUCCGGGUGUCCCACGUGAUCAAGAACGACAACGGAGGGCUGCCGGAGUUUUGGCUGAGUCUGUUCCGCGAUUGGUUAAUCAACCUGCAGAAAGCGUUCGAUCGAGACUACCGAGAAGGGAGAAUAACGCAGGAACGAUGGUUCCCGAAUGCUAGCGACGAUGCGAUACUUGCGUACAAGCUGUUGGUACAAACCGGACACGUGGAUAACCCGAUCGACAAGAGCCUGGUGGCGCAGGUGCGUUUAGUGGAUUCGGAGGGUGUGAUCAACCCGAGAGCGUUCUACAACUAUUUAUCGGCCUGGGCCUGGAACGACGUACUUGCGUAUGGCGCAUCACAGGGAAAUUUGCGCCCCGAGCCCCGAGAAUGGUUCCAUUCGCCGAGUGAUUUUGAGUUGAAGAUUCCCAAGAGUGCACCGCUGACGUACACGCAGUUGCCGUUCUACUUGCACGGACUGGGCGACACGCAAGAUAUCAAGUUCAUGAUCGGGCAGAUCCGGGAGCUGAGUCGCCGAUUCGAAGCGAGGGGCCUGCCCAACUAUCCGUCAGGAAUUCCAUUCCUCUUCUGGGAGCAGUACAUGAACCUGAGGCCAUGUCUACUGAAGGCGAUCGGAUGUGCCCUGUUGGCAGCAUUCUGCUUAGUUGCAUUGCUGUUGUUGUCCGUAUGGGCUUCCAUCCUAAUCGUGUUCAGUAUAGUAACUAUGCUGAUCCAGCUGUUGGGAGUUAUGAUCCUGCUCGGAAUCAACCUUUCAGCCAUUCCGGCGGUAAUCAUGAUAGCCAGCAUAGGGCUGGGUGUUUGCUUCACUGUGCACGUGUCAUUGGGUUUCAUCACAGCGAUCGGUAAUCGCGACCGACGGAUCAAGCUGGCGCUGGAGCACUCACUCGCCCCGGUCAUCCACGCCGUUAUGACGUCCAUCCUGGCCGUCCUAAUGCUCUCAACCUCAUCAUUCGAGUUCGUCGUUCGGCACUUCUUUUGGCUGUUGCUAUCCGUUCUCGUAAUCGGAGCCGUCAACGGUCUGUUCUUCUUCCCGAUCCUACUGAGCCUGGUAGGUCCGGGAGCAGAAAUCAUUCCGCUGCAGUACGCCAACCGGAUAUCGACGCCAUCGCCACCACCGAAACGAAUCAACAAAAUUUCGAACAAAGCAUUCAUCCUGAACAACAAACGAUCCUCCUCGAGGAAUUGCUCGAAAUCGCACCACCAUCAUAAGCACAACAACGUCAACGUUAACAACGAACCCUCUCUGACCACCAUCACGGAGGAACCGCAGUCCUGGAAGAGCUCAGCCUCGUCCAUACCGUCCAUCCAGGAGAAAAGCAACCUGAACGUCAACUACGGUGGCCACCAAGCGCCCGAGCUGCAGAGUAUUGUACUCCAACCGGAGGUCACUGUCGAAACGCACCACCACGGAGGUGAACACCAGAAUACGAAGGUAACUGCUACUGCCAACAUCAAGGUCGAACUGGUUACGCCGGGUCGGGGAGCUCCCCGGAUGGUCCGAACCAGCAGCACCAGCAGCAGUAGCGGGAACAGUAGCAGUUAACAAGUUGGUAGCUUUUUAGACAAUAGUAUGUAUGCAUUUGUAAAUAGAACAAUUUUCUCUAUAACUCUUAUUACAGUACGGAAUACUACAAUUUAUUUAUUUGUUUUCCCUCCUCCAAAAAGAGAAGUAUUAUUUUACUACUAGGAUAGCGAAAGUGCGACGCAAAUUUAUGUCUAUUUACGCCAAUACUCACUAAAUACAAGUUUGAACAAUGUGGCAAGUGUUAAUAGCAUGAAAGCGAAUCGAUUGUGUAUUUUGUAUAGCAGCUUGAAAUUUGUUCCUCCCAUUUUAUUCGACAAGAAAGAUCAAAAGAAAGCAACUACGAACUGAUUAAACUAGUGUUUAGAAUGACUGUAACUCGUAAGACUCGUAUCUUCUACAGUAUAGGAACCAUGAACCAAGAUAGUGUUUCAUAAAAACAAAAACUCUAAUCAUGUAAAAAAUCUAAACUAUAUAUCUAUUCAAUUGCGGGUGCGAUACACGAAGAUGCAUGCUUUAAGGCCAAAUAUUUUCAGUUUUAUAAACGAAAUUUUACUCCUAUAGCUUAUUUUGCCGUUAAACUGCAACAAAACUAUGUAUGUAAAUAGAUGGAAACAAUCCCCAUGGAAAUAACAAAAAAGUAUAUUUUUUCCGAUAAAAGAUGUACUUAAGUGUAUCCGUUCAUCCUGUAGCAUAACUACUGCGAGAACACACUUUACUUUAAAAGCACAAUUAAUGUAUACCGAAAAUGAACUAAAGACAGAAACCAAACGCAUUUCAUCAGCAAUUAUCCAAUUGUUACAAAAACAAACAAAAAAUAACAAAAACAAAUCAAACUUCAAAAAACUAUUGUUACAUAAUUCUGAGAUUGUUUGGCUUUUACUAUUUCAAAAUUAUUCUUUCGAAAAAAAAGUAGUAACUAAUAUAUAUCAUAAAAGAAACUUAAAAAUAAAAUAUUGAAAUGUACAAUGGAAGUAAAAAAUCAUUUUUAAUCAUAUUUAAGGAUGUUACCAAUUUUGUUUGAACAACAGUAACUAAACAUGCAACAAUCAAAACUUAACAGUCAAAAACGAUACACGAAAAUCGAAUGUUUUACUGUGUUACUUGUUUAGCUAGCAAACUAUUACUGGUAGAUCAAAAAAACGUGCAGAAAACAAAAUAUUUUUUAGAUAUAAAUAUAAUUUUUAAAUAUUUUUAAAACAAAUAAAGGCAAACAAACAUUAUUACAAUAAACAGCAAACAUCUUUAAGACCCAUAUUUAUUUAUUUUCUGCCCGAUGCUGAGGCACAAAAUUAAGGUAGUCCUAGAUUUAACAAAACGAGUGAAUCGAUAUUUUGUUUCGCUGGAAGAAAAUUCGAAUAUAUUAGGCAACAUGGAAACGAGAGUACAUAAUCGUAAUCAGAAAGAAUGAUAUUUACUCUAAGUAGAAACACAACGGGAAACAUUAUGAAACGAAAAAAAAGUGUAUAGACCGAUACGAUUUAUAGUGUUGCGUUGUAAGUUGGCGGCUUUGUGUUCUGUGGGUGUGACUGCAAUGAUUGAUUCUAUCGGGUGAUUUUCUUUGUUUGUAAUAACACAAAGGAGGUCAGUCUCGGAUAAUUCAAAUCAUUACAGUGACUCCCACUUCAUGCAAAGUACGAGUUCUAAUUGAGUGAUUGUGAAUCGAGUACAGUAGGUAAGCAACAAAAAACGGAAAAAAUCUUAACGAGUCUAGUAGGUUAAUAAUAUUUGAGUUUUAUACUAUGUACGGUAACGUGUUUCCAAAUAAACUGAGGAAAGUGCUGCAAAAUAAAUGCAUGGUAUUACCUAUCACUAAAUAAA